CCGUAAUCAAGGCAUGUCGGACCGAUGAGCCCCAAAGCAAGGCCUUUGAGCAUCAGGCUGAAUGAGGUGUCUCAGACCCACAGAGGAGUCCCAGACGUGCCCACCGCGGCGGAAUCCCAAAGGAGCACUGGGGGAGGGCGGAAUGGCGACGGCAGCGCAGUUCCUCAGGGCUUGGUCUCCGCCCUUCAGUCUGUUUCAUCCAACUGGUAUCCACAAGAGGCGGGAAGCAGGAAUGAGAGAGCUAACGCUGGGACGGGCGGGGCGAGUCAAGGAGCGCGUGACGUCACCCGGGUGUGCGUAACGUGGGCGGAAGCGGAAGCGGCUCUGUUCGCCGCCUCUCCCACCGGCCCGAUGAGCUGCAGCGGCUCCGGCGCGGACCCCGAACCGGCGCCGGCCUCCGCCGCUUCGGCCCCGGGCCCAGCGCCCCCGGUGUCGGCUCCCACCGCGCUGCCCGCCAGUACCGCCGCAGAAAACAAGGCCAGCCCCGCGGGGACAGCGGGGGGACCUGGGGCUGGAGCCACGGCUGGGGGCACGGGACCAUUGGCGGCGCGGGCCGGGGAGCCAGCCGAGCGGCGCGGGGCGGCUCCGGUGUCGGCGGGCGGCGCGGCGCCCCCAGAGGGGCCCAUGUCUAACGGGGUUUACGUACUGCCCAGCGCGGCCAACGGAGACGUGAAGCCAGUGGUGUCCAGCACGCCUCUGGUGGACUUCUUAAUGCAGCUUGAGGAUUACACGCCUACGAUCCCUGAUGCAGUGACUGGUUACUAUCUGAACCGUGCUGGCUUUGAGGCUUCAGACCCACGCAUAAUUCGGCUCAUCUCCCUAGCUGCCCAGAAAUUCAUCUCAGAUAUUGCCAACGAUGCCCUACAGCACUGCAAAAUGAAGGGCACAGCCUCUGGCAGCUCCCGGAGCAAGAGCAAGGACCGCAAGUACACUCUAACCAUGGAAGACUUGACCCCUGCCCUCAGCGAGUAUGGCAUCAAUGUGAAGAAGCCGCACUACUUCACCUGAGCCACCCAACAUAAAUGUACUUGUCGUCCCCAUGUCCCCACACCAGCCUGUUUUCAUAAUAAACUUUAUUGUGACAGGC